UGUCCUGUACCCAGUGACCCUGUACCAGUGUUCAGUACCAGUGACCCUGUGUGCAGUGUUCCAGUGCCAGUGACCUGUACCCAGUGUUCCAGUACCAGUGACCCUGUACCAGUGUCCCUCACCAGUGACCCUACCAGUGACCCUGCCCAGUGUUCCAGUACCGAUGACCCAGUACCCAGUGACCCUGUACCAUGUCCCUGUACCAGCAGUGACCCUCAUACCAGUGACCCUGUACCAGUGUUCCAGUAUUGUGUCCCUGUACCAGUGUUCAAGUACCAGUGUCCCAGUACCAGUGUCCCUGUACCAGUGUUCCAGUACCAGUGUCCCAGUACCAUGUCCUGUACCAGUGACCCUGUGCAGUGUCCCUGUACCAGAUGUUCCAGUACCAGUGUUCAGUACCAGUGUCCCUGUACCCAGUGCUCCCUGUACCAGUGUCCCUGUACCCGUGACCCUGUACCCAGUGUCCCUGUACCAGUGACCCUGCAGUGUUCCAGUACCGGCUGGGCCUGUGCCAGUGUUCCCAGUACCAGUGACCCUGUACCAGUGUUCCAGUACCAUGACCCAGUACCAGUGUCCCAGUACAGUGUCCCUGCCAGUGUCCCUGUACCAGUGUCCCUGUACCAGUGUCCCUGUGCCAGUGUCCCUGUACCAGUGUUCCAGUACCAGUGUCCCUGUGCAGUGUCCCUGUACCAGUGUCCCUGUACCAGCAGUGUCCUGUACAGUGUUCAGUACCAGUGUCCCUGUACCCAGCCAGCCCAGUUCAGUGACCCAGUACCAAUGUUCCCAGUACCAGUGUCCCAGUACCAGUGUGGUUCCAGUGACCCACCCAGUGACCCAGUACCAGUGUCCCAGUACCAGUGUCCCAGUUCAGUGAGCCCAGUACAGUGUCCCAGUACCAGUGUCCCAGUACCAGUGACCCAGUACCAGUGUCAGUUCAGUGACCCAGUACCAAUGUUCCAGUAUAGUGUCCCAGUACCAAUGUUCCAGUACAAGUGUCCCCAGUUCAGUGACCCAGUACCAAUGUUCCAGUACAGUGCCAGUACCAAUGUUCCAGUACCAGUGUCCCCGAUGCCAGUGACCCAGUACCAGUGA